UCUGGCUUCGAGGUGGACAAAAAGAUCGCUAGAGAAGUGGAAGAUAUAGACAUAGUGAUCGGUGGACACACAAACACCUUCCUUUAUAACGGGAAACAACCGGACGAAGAGAUACCAGAGGGCCUCUAUCUAACGGAAGUAUAGCAAAAGAGCGGAAGGAAGGUCUACGUAGUGCAAGCUUACGCUUACACGAAGUAUCUUGGUAAUUUGACGGUGACUUUCGACCGUGAGGACAAAGUGAACCGUAUCAAUGGUGAUGCUAUACUCGUGGACAGCAGUAUCGAAGAGGCAGAAGAUAUUUUAAACGAAUUAAAAGAGAUGCGAGGAGCUGUCGAUAAUAUUAGCCUAUCGAUCGUUGGAGAAACUCGGGUUCUUCUCGAAGGAGACAGUAAAAUUUGUAGACGAAAGGAAUGUAACUUGGACAAUUUAAUUACGGAGCUGAUUGAUUAUAAUGCUGGUGAAUAUGCAAACGAAAAUAGUUGGACAGAUGCAAUAGCUUUCCAGAAUGGUGGCAGUAUUAGAAGUUCCAUCACAAGAGCUAAUGAAGAUAAAGUUACUAUGGAGGAUGUUCUUAGCAUGCUACCUUUUCAAAAUACAAUCGUAAAAGUUUCAAUGACUAGUGAGAUGAUCUUAUCUGUAUUAGAAUGGAGCAUUUACAACCUGGACAUGAAUCAUACCGAUAAUCUCUUUGGAGCAUUUGUGCAAUUCUCUGGACUUCAGGUCGUUUAUGACUUAUCUCGUCCAAAAAAUUCAAGGGUAGUCUCGGUAGAAGUAUUGUGUUCGUUUUGCAAUGUUCCGACAUACAGCAAACUACAAAACAACCAAACUUAUAAUGUACUCCUACCUGAUUUCAUGCAGAGUGGUGGUGACGGAUAUUCUAUGUUGAAGGACCUCAAAACAGAGUCCCUU